CUCGCUCCCAAAUGCAGCCCAAGUCAGAGCCAAGGCCAAUCCCAUGCAGGGACUCGGCUGGACCUCUGGACCCCAAAUCCCAUUGUGGAAGGGACUUGGUGGACCCGACACCCACACUCUGCAAAGAGAAUUCUGAAAACCAAUAUCUCAUGCAAACAGGAUAUUAGCUUUUGUCAGAAAGAUCAAAAAGGGCUUGAGGUUUUUCUUCUCAGCCUCAGCCUCCCUGCCUCUCCCUCCCGACGUUAUCUACUUGCUUCAGUCUCAGGCAGGAAGAGAUGGCAGCGGGCGAGACACAGCUCUACGCCAAGGUUUUCAACAAGCUCAAGGGCCGCAGCACCCCCUCGCUCCUGGACCCCCUCCUGGGCAUGGGCUUCCCGGCACACACCGCGCUCAAGGCGUUGGCAGCAACUGGAAGGAAAACGGCAGAGGAGGCAUCAGACUGGCUGCACUGCCAUUGCAAUGACCCUUCUCUCGAUGACCCCAUCCCCCAGGAGUAUGCCCUUUUCCUCUGUCCCACGGGGCCCCUGCUGGACAAACUUCAAGAGUUCUGGAGAGAGAGCAGGCGUCAGUGUGCGAAGAACAGAGCCCACGAGGUCUUCCCUCACAUAACACUCUGUGACUUCUUCACGUGCGAGGACCAGAAGGUGGAGUGUCUGUAUGAAGCGCUGAAGAGAGCUGGGGACAGGACCCUGGGCGUCUUCCCCUCGCCUGUGCCUCUGGUUCUCCAUUCUUCCAUCAGCUACCUGGGCUUUUUCGUGAACGACAGCCCCGCAGACAUCAUCCGGGAAUUUGCUGUGAUGUUUGCCACAGAAGCCUCCGUCUUAGCAGACUGCACCGUGAAGCCUUGCACCAAGCAGCUGCAUCUCACCCUGGCCCACAAGUUCUACCCCCACCACCAGAGGACACUAGAGCAGCUGGCCAGAGCCAUCCACCCCGGCCACAGCUGCCAGUGGACGGCCGCACUCUACUCCCGGGACAUGCGCUUCGUACACUACCAGACCCUGAAGGUCCUGUUCCAGUACAAACCCCAGAACGUGGAUGAGCUGACGCUCAGUCCCGGCGACUACAUCUUCGUGGACCCCACUCAGCAGGAGGAAGCCAGUGAGGGCUGGGUGAUUGGGAUCUCACAUCGGACGGGCUGCCGGGGCUUCCUGCCCGAAAACUACACGGAGCGAUCCAGCGAGUGUGACACCUGGGUGAAGCACAGGACGUACACCUUCAGUGUAGCCCCGGACCCGAGCUCCAGGAAGGACACCGAGGCCGCCAGCAGACGGAAUGGGGGGCCUCAGCCGCCGCCCAUGUCCCAGAGCGUCAGCAGCCUGCAGUCCCUACAGGCCACCAUAGUGAGGAGAAGCGUCCUGGUGGUGCGCCACGGGGAGAGGGUCGACCAAAUCUUCGGGAAGUCCUGGCCGCAGCAGUGUUCCACUCCCGACGGGAAAUACUACCGUCCAGACCUGAACUUCCCUCGCGGUCUGCCCAGGCGGAGCCAUGGUAUCAAAGACUUUGAAAACGAUCCGCCUUUAUCGUCGUGUGGAAUUUUCCAGUCCAGAAUGGCAGGGGAAGCUCUGCUGGACAGUGGCAUCAGGAUCACCGCCGUCUUCACCUCCCCGGCCCUCCGCUGUGUGCAGACAGCCAAACACAUCCUGGAAGAGCUCAAGCUGGAGAAGAAAAUUAAGAUAAGAGUAGAACCCGGAAUCUUUGAAUGGACCAAGUGGGAGGCCGGCAAAACCACUCCGACCCUCAUGACCCUGGAAGAGCUGAAAGAGGCGAAUUUCAACAUCAGCAUGGAUUACAGGCCCGCCUUCCCCCUCGCCUCCCUCCUGCCGGCCGAAAGCUACAAUGACUACGUGCACAGGUGUGCGGUGAGCGUGGAGCAGAUCCUCAGCACCUGCCCGCAGGACGCGGGCGUCAUCCUGGUGGUGGGCCACGGCUCGGCGCUGGACGCCUGCACCCGCCCGCUCCUUGGGCUGCCGCCCCGGGACUGCGCAGACUUCGCCCAGCUCGUGAGGAAGAUCCCUUCUCUGGGUAUGUGCUUCUGCGAAGAAAACAAAGAGGAAGGGAAAUGGGAGUUGGUGAACCCUCCCGUGAAGACGCUGACUCAUGGCUCAAACUCAGCGUUUAACUGGAGGAACUGGAUUCAGGGCAGCUGAAGCCACCUCUGCGUUCGCAUAACGUACGAUGAAGAGGCAAAACUCCAUAGAGGCUGUAAGAUACUGUUAUUCUGCAGGGAACUUAGUCGCCCCUAAUGUGAUUUGUAGAAGCACAAAAGGCACUUUUAGACACAGCGUGUUUGCCAAGCAGACCGUCAUCGCAGGAACUUGGCUGUGGGGACACCCCCUUGUACCAUGUGCAUCAGCCUUGUGGCUGGGAGAGGAAUGAGGAACCAUGACACCCACCCCGUGGAAAAUUCCACUUUAUAUUUUUUAUUCAUCAAGUUCCCAAUCGUUUUUUCUUUUUCUGUUUCAAUCACUCUUUGGCUAUGUCCACACAGGCCAAAAGAGGUGGAAUGUUGAAUAGAAUGGUACCAGAAAACCACCUACCAGAUCAAAACCAGGAAACAGGCUUGGUGUCCACAGACCAGGUAUUAGUUUCCUGCUGCUGCUGUAACAAGUAACCACACAGCGGUGAUUAGAGACACAGCUUUUUAAACACACAUAUCUUUACUCUGUUACAGUCCCACAGGUCAGCAGUUCUGAAACAGGCCAGUGGGUUUCCUUCUGUCCGCUGCCCUGGGGAGGGUCCUCUGCCCUGGGGAGGGUCUGCAGCCCUGGGGAGAGUCCACUUCCCUGCAUUACCAGCCUUUAGGGGCACCUGCAUUCCUUGGCUCAGGGCACCUUCCUCUUUCCUCAAAGGCAGUGGUGGUGCCUCUUCAAAUCUCCCUGUUCCUCUACACAGUCACACUGCCAUCUGCUUCUGACCUUCGUGUCUCCCUUUUGUAAAUUCCCUUGGGAUUACACUGAACCCACCCAAUACUCUGGGAAUACCUCCCCAUCUCAAGACCCUUAACUUAAUCCCACCUGCAAAGUCCCCUUUGCCAUGUGACAUAACAGUCACAGGUCCAGGGAUUAGGAAGUGCACAUCUCUGCGGCCACUCUUCCGCCCACCCCACCCCAAUCCUCCCAAACACAUGGGGCUGCUUGCACAGAGGCUGGCAUAAGUAUUUAUGAAACCUCCCCCUUGACGCAGGUCUACCAGCUUCUCUUUUUCUCCCUUUUGAUCAAAUGGAGGGAGGAGGGGUUUGCAAAAGGAGGGAGUGGGUCCUGCCCUCACUAACAGGAAAGAGAAAGCAGAGAGGACCCCCUCCCCAACCCCACACCAAGCACGGUGAGGUCUCCAGGGAUAGUGUAUCCAUGGUGCUCCGACUUUGAAGAAGCUGGUCCAGGCAGUUGAUGGGGGGUUGGGAGGUGCGGCCCAGCAGUGUCCUCUCACCCCAUCCCAACUGAAGAAAAGGAAAAAGCCCUCCAAGGGCUCAGAGGGAGGGCACAGUCAUGGUCGGACAUGCUGCCCACCCCCCCCCCAAUCCCUCUGUGUCCUCUCCUGGAUACCCCAGGGCCAAC